AUGCACUGGCUGCGGCUGCUUGCUGCUAUAACGUACCCGCUCGCGGUGCAUCCGGUAUGGCUAUCGCUGCGGCACAUGACGACAAUUGCGCUGCUUACCGCGCACGAGUCUGUGGCUGCACACGCGUGGGAUCCGCGGCGCGAGGCGCGAUUGCCCCGCAUCGACGACGGGCUGCGCAGCCUGGACUGGGGCCAGCUGCAGAUCCUGCAUACGACCGAUGUCCACGGGUGGUACCAAGGCCAUACAAAGCUGUCGCCACCUGAACCCAACUAUAGCGGCGACUGGGGCGACUGGGUCGCAUUUACACAGCAUAUGCGAAAACGCGCCGCAGAGCGCGGCGUGGAUUUGCUCCUUGUCGAUACCGGCGACUUGCACGACGGCAACGGGCUCAGCGAUGGAUUCCCAGAGCUUUCUCCCGACGAUCCGCAGUACAAACUUGCCGUUGAUGGGCAUGCCAGCAACCAAAUUUUCGCAUUCGCUGACUACGACCUGCUCACCAUUGGCAACCACGAGCUGUACAAUUUCAGCGUCGCGGCCGAUGUAUACGAGUACUUUGUGCCGCUCUGGAAAGGGCGGUACCUGACCUCCAACGUGAAUAUUACGCUGCAGGAUACGCCCGAUACACCGCCGCGUUCGCGCCCCAUUGGCGACUUGUACGCGCGAUUUGUGACCCAGCACGGCGUACAGAUCCAGGCCUACGGCGUUUUGUUUGAUUUCCGCCUUGCCGCUGAAGAAAUCACUAUUCAAAGCCCAGAGCACAUGGUGCAGCAGGCAUGGUUCCUCGAGUCUUUGCGCAAACACGAUCGCGUAGAUGUAUUUGUGGUCGCAGGCCACAUGCCCGUCGCUGACCACGCGGGCUGGAAAGCCGUCCAUGCCGCGAUCCGCGCAGUGUGGCCUGAUACACCAAUAAUGAUGCUUGCAGGACAUACACACUUGCGCGACUGUCAGAUGCUAGACCAGGCAUCCAUGGCGCUCGAAUCCGGCCGCUACAUGGAAACGAUUGGCUGGAUGAGCAUCGAGGAUGUCACGGCGCGCCCACCGACAUUUUCUCGGCGGUACAUUGACGCGAACCCGCGCAACUUUGCAUUCCAUGCUGGGCUGGCACAUGCUAACCAGCUGUCCACGCGGCGCGGCAAAUUCGUGCGUGCGGCGAUGGACAAGAUUGUUUCCAGCUGGAACUUGACGCACCUCUUUGGUCUUGCGCCACAGGACUAUUUCCUCGAUCGGUAUGCGUAUCCAUCCAACACGUCGCUUCUGACGCUCAUGCAAGACCACAUUUUGCCCGAGAUUGUACGGCCCGUAAACCCACGACACGCAGAUACCCCAACGCUGCUCUUGAUCAACAGCGGGAGCCAACGAUUCGAUGUGCUUGCCGGCCCAUUCACAAAAAACGACCAGUACGUCGUGAGCCCUUUUCGCGACAAUUUCUUGUACGUAGAAAAGGUCCCUUGGCGUCUCGCACAAAAUCUGGUCCAUGGGCUAAACCGCCGCGGCGCGCUGGUCAAUGGACUGCACAACGCACAGCACGCCGCACAAGGCGACGCCGACAGUAUUUUUCGGCGCUACCUCAAAGCGCAAUGGCAAGCGUUUUGGUCCAAGCGCACUUCCAUCCCAAGCGACGCAGCUGCACCUUCGGGACGGCCUGCCCAAGAGCGCAAACUGCAAGCGCUGCUCCAGGACGACGCCGCACAAACCCUGUUUGAUCCCAACGCAAGCCUCGGCUACGUGACUGUCGAUGGAUGCGCUGGUAUCGGCGACGAUACGCAGCAUAUACCCGUGCCAUACAGCGCAGAGCAGCCCGAUUACCUUGCGUCGAAUCCGUCGCCAUUGCCGGAAGCCGACGCCGACGUCGACGUCGUCUUUGUCGACUUCAUCCUCGCGCCGCUGCUUGAUCUGCUCAACCAAGGAGACGAUACGCGUGUGUACACAAAAGAGGACGCGGCGUCUUGGGGCAAUAUCUCCACGAGCUGGCUCUAUCCAUUGUAUGCACAACAUGCAUGGAGCUCGGCAGAUAUGGACGCACAAAUGCGCGCCAUGGAGCGCUCCGCACUCUUGGCGGGGUACCCUCCCAUGCCGAAUGGCGCCGGCGAUCCAUACACGGCGGUUGUGCAGGCACGCGCACAGGCUGCGCCGCUCGUAUUCCAAUAG